AUGUCAUAUGCGACCCGUAUGGAAGCGCUGUACAUGGCAGCAGAGGCUGAGAGGAACAACCCCCAGGUCAUUGCUACCAUCAAGGAGGGCAUCAGCAACGUGUCGUUCCUCGACAGGCGCACUCCACCGGACGUGCUGCGCUAUUUGAAGGAUCUGAACAAUAAGUACAACCAGGUGGGGGCCGCGACGAGCUUCAUUGAGGCAUGCAACUCGGUGCCGCUGGUCGAGCAGGGAUGGGCCAAGUACUGCAGGGAUAACAAUAUCACUGCGAGGGGCAAGCACGGAGGAGAUGACGAGGAUGAGGAGGAGGCUGAGGAGGCUGAGGGGAACGCCGAAGCCGCGCAGCCCGAGGGAGGCGCUGCGGAGCUGGACGGGGCGGACGCGGACGAGGGGCCCGCCGAGGACAAGAAGAGUAAGAAGUACGCUGACCACUAUCAUGACUACUUGACCUCGCACCACCCUGGCAUGUUCAAGAGCUAUAACGAGUUCCUCAACUGUAAGAUAUUCUACCGCGCGAUGGUCAAGUUCGGUCUGUAUGAUGAGUACGUGGCGUGGUGCGGCAAGCAUUGCCGAUUCUCUGAUACAUCGCUGGACCGCUCCACGGUGAUGCUGUGCAAUAAGGAUAUCAUGACUAAGUUUAAGAAGUACCCAGACCUUCGCACCGAGUGGCUGAACCGGGUUCUUCGUUUGGUGGUGCCUUCCAACGAGGGCUCCCCGUGGCACUUCAAGUCGAAGGCCUCGCUGAAAUCAGUCUCGAACUUUCUCCAGCAGAUGCAGGAGAGCAAAGUCUUCCAGUUGAGCCGCCAGCCGAAGCCGCAGCCGAUGUCGAACGCCCUCGUCGCCAAGCCCGCCAAGCCCACCACCGCCAAGGGGAAGAAGGGUAAACGAGCAGAGGCCAAGGCUAAGGCGGCUGCAGCUAAGGCCCUUGCAUCUGGGGCCAGUGACAUUCAUGAGGUCCAGACGGGCAAGAACGGCAAGGCCCGCCCGGCGCUCUUCCUCGACGACGCCACGAACGCGAUCGACUGCAUCAUGGCUCGCGUUCCAGAUGGCAAGGCGAAGGAUAGCAGCAUCGAGGACGCCAAGAACUUCGUGGUAUGCUUCGCGGCCUCGGGCAAGAUCACAGUGCCCAAGCAGAGGGAGCCCGGCACCCCGGCACCGCCACCAUCAUCGCCGGCCAAAUAUCUGAAGUUGACCAGCUGGUUAUCUGUCCGCUGCUACAUCAAGGCGAAGCUUGUGAACGAUCACUUCGACGUCAUCGUCCCUAACACCGAGGAGGCGGAUGAUGACCCCGACUUGACAGGCCAGACCGUCGAGGCGGAGGCUGCCGCCCUAUCAGUUGCCGCGAAGGAGGGGGGGGCGCCAACCGAUGUGAUAUCCCGCAUGGUCAAGGCCGACCCCAAGCUACUGCAGCGGUGCAAAUUGUUUUCCAGCUCUGUUCAGAUAGGGCUCAAGCACGCCGUCAUGCGCAGGACCCACCCGCAGCUGGUGUCGGCCAUCUCCGCUUUGUGGAGCUCUCUGUGCCCUCAGAAGUUAGCAGACAUCUUCCAGAAGAGCUCUGGGGCUACGGAGGCGCUGCACGUCAUCGUGGAUUGCGCACUUCUCCCGGCUAUCAGCUCGGCCAUCGAGCCGUCUUUCGUCACAGUCGCGCGCUGCUGUUACCAGGCCGCCGCCGACUGCGCACCUUCAAUCACGCCGCAGUGCAUGAAGGACGCGGGCAACCUUUUCCCAUCCAGUACUGCCGCUGCUGAGUUCGCGGCGCUGAGGACGCAAUACAUGUGCAUCUUGCUGGAUGAGGUCGACGCCGUAGUGCAGGCGUACAUGGCGGACGACGAUGAGGACGUCUUUGGGGCCAACGGCAAGGCUGCCGAGGUUGCGGCCCGGCGCAGGGCGGCAUCCGAGUUCGUCAAAGCAUGGGAGCCCGAGGUCAGCGCAGCUGACGCAGCAGCCCAUGACGGCGUGAAGUGGUCGGUGCUGUGGGCAAGCGUCAUCGGCCAGGCCAAGUCCAUCAACGCCCGCGACUCCGCAGACGCCGAGACGUGCAAGAGCAUGGUCGACACGAUGGCUACGCCGGACAAGAAGGCCGCGGCCCUGGAGCUCAAGCUAGAGGAGGCAAGCGACAGCUCCACGAUCGCCAAGGCCAUGGUCGCCAAGAGGAUCGCUGACACCACUGAUGCGGUCAAGCUCGCGCUAUGCCCUACGCCGGAGUCAGCUACCGUCAUCGACAAGGAGGUUGAGAGUGCUAAGGCGGCGGCGGCCGCUGAAGCAAACUCGCCGUGGACCUCCUACGUGCAGAGGCCCUCCAAGGCCGCUUGGCUCGCGCAGACGUUGGCGGCCAAGGCGUCCGCGAAGAUGCUCGGGGACAUCGUGACCUACGACGGGAACGGCGCCCCGACCCACGACUCGUGCGUCGACCGCGCGGGCCGGUGCUUGUGGUUCAGGAAGCCCGUUGCGGGCACUGGCAAGUUCAGGCUCUUCAUCGACGUCAACCACCCUGAUGCCGCGCACUUCGCGUGCCACAUGAUUGGCAGGGUCCUCAUCAGCCCGACGAGCGAGCUUCCGAGGGCUGCUGUUCCCGUGGGCGACGUGAUGCUGAUGGGCACGAAGUUCUACGUCAGCAUUUCUCCGACCACAG